AUAUACUUCCAUACUGAAACUUCUUUACAAAUUUACAAUUGUAUACUUGAAAUGAGAUUAUAAUAACUCGAUUCAAUUAAUUAUAAUACGUACUUAUAUGUAGUUCUAAAUAUGUAAUUUUUGGUGGACAAUAACCACAGCAUUGGAUAAAGCACCAAUGCAACAUUAAAUUUGGCUUUUAAGCGUGUGCGUAUGCGGUUGUACGUGAAGGAAGAUGAGUUUUUCAGUGGUCAUUUAUUCGACGGUGUAUGUCUGCAAUUUAUAUGACCACUUGUUUUCGAGCUAUUAUUGUUCAAAUUUUUAUUUUGAGGUUCCUAGAUGUACGUCUGCAUUCUGUAUGACACUUGGUUCUCUCAUUAUUUCUGAACAGUACUGUUCUAGAAAAUCUCUUUCAAUAAAUCAGUCAAUCCCAUAGUUAAACUGUUUGGCUAUUGCCAUUGUUGUAUGGCUAUCGAGUUUCCCGGAUAUGAUGUAUGGUAGAAAAGGUUAUUCUAGGUCAGAACAGUGUUUAAUAUGUCAUAAGAAAAGCAACAACAACAUUUGAAAGAAAAACAAACGCCAUCUUUAGUGAUACUUUAAUAUUCGAUAGUGUAAAUUAAGUUCUGAUUCCAUGUAAUAUUGCUUAAUAUCUGAAGUAUGACUAAAAAUCUAAAACAUACAGAGGAGAGAGAAAAAACAUAAAAAAUGAAUACAAUCAUUUUCGAUUGUAUGUCGAAUAAUUCUGAACACUUAGUAAAAAUCUAAGUGAAUAUUCAAAGAUUAUAAGAAAAUAAAUAGUACUAGUCGUUUAAUCAUGAAGUUAAAUACAAUGUAAUAAUCAAAUAUAAUUUUUAUGUGCUUUUGAAAAUGUGGAUUUUGUAAUCGAAGCAAGCGCAAAUUCAACAUGGCUGGUUGUUUAGAUAACGUGCAAUUCAACCGUCCAGAAUGGUUGGAAUUAGGGGAAAGAAGAAAUAUUAUAGCUUCCAUUGGAGCCGGAGCAAUGUUUUUUACAGGCUGGUGGUUUAUCUUGGAUGUUGCGGCUAGAUACCCUAGCAUGAAUGACUUCCAUCAUGCAUAUCAUGUUUGUGGAGUGAUGGGUACUUUAUCACUUUUUAUGAUUAAUGCUGUUUCAAAUGGCCAAAUCAGGGGUGAAUCCUAUACCACAGGUUGUAUGGGUCAGAGAGGUGCAAGAGCCUGGCUAUUUAUAGGAUUUGUUUUGGGAUUUGGAUCAUUGAUUGCAUCUAGCUGGAUUCUCUUUGGUGCUUAUGUUAUACCAAUGAAAAAUCCUCAAUGGCCUGGAGUAGCACUUUUCUUUCAAAAUGCCUUUAUCUUUAUUGGCUCUUUGUUGUUCAAAUUUGGUCGGACUGAGGACUUGUGGGGUUAAGAAGAUUUCUGCUGUGUUUGUAAAUAUAAAUAAUGUGAAUCUGUACUUUGAAAGAAUUAUUAUCAUACAUACAUAUUUUUGUUUUAGUGUUUAAGAUAAUUGUAGACCUUCAAAAUAAUUUUGUUAAUGAGAAGCAGGAUUUUUAUAUAGAUACUAAUGUACAAAUGGUAUGUCAUUGAUAAUUUCAGAAGUUAUACUUAAGUUUGUUUAAUAGGUAAAUAAUUAUUUGUUACAGCAUUCUAUAUUUGCAUAUUUUGGUGAUUCGAGAUAGUAUUUUAAGGAAAUUCAAGCAUUUUUAUGCCAUUUGUAUGUUCCCUUAGUACAGCAUUGAAGCUCAUUGUUAAAAAAAAUUGAUAUUUUAGACAUGGCUUUAAGAGAAGUCAGUAUUAUUGAGAUUUAAUGUUUUGAAAACAGUAACAUUAAAUAUGUAUAUAUAUAUAAAGUAGUUUUAUAUGGAUAUCAUGAGUGCUAAAAUCUGGGGUUCAAUACCCCAUGGUGGACACAGCAGACAGCUUAAUGUGGCUUUGCUCUAAAACAAACAAAAAAUACAUUAGAAAAUUUUAAAAUGUUACAUAGUAACUGGUAAGUUGAGAAUUGGAAGAUUAUAACUAACCUCAGUAUUCAUUAAUAUGUUCUUUUACACCUUUAUACUUUAACUAUAUCUUCCAGGCCUGUAACAGUAAAAGCUUUAUAAGAAACUGACCCGUUUAAAUGGCUUAAUUCUUUAUCUAUAAUCCAGGGAGAGUUCACUGAAAACUUCACUAAGUACUUUCAGAAAGUGGACCUUCUUCUUCUUUCACCUUCUAAAAUGCUUAAAUGUUUCUUGCUUUGUGGUUUACAUGUUUUAUCUUGAAUGGUCACAUAGUAUUGGGAGUGAGCUGGAAGAGUAUUUAUCUGUAAUUUUGUUGUAUCUGAUGAGAAAAACUGAAUUUUGUGAAAUACAACUUUUAUGCAUUUAUGUGAUGAUAACACUACCUGAAAAACAAGCAAAUGCAUGUAAAACAUACACAUAUUAAUUUUUUUUAAUGAUUGUACUAUAUCCAAGAUACAGUAAACAAAUAUAUAAUGCAGCUAUAUUUACAUUUUCGAAACAUUAAAAUAGCUGUUACUGUAACUUCUAUAAAGACAGAAAAAGCAUUAUUUCAAGCUGAGAAGUCAGUAGUAAAUAUGAGAUGGAUUCCUGGGCAUACAUGUAUAUAGAAAGCAUUUUCAUGUUCCAUUCUGAAAACUUUAUCAUUUUGUUGUGUUAUGAAACUAGAAUAACAUUUUAAUAAAAUGUUAUAGAAGUUGUUCAUAAAAUCCUAAAAACCUGGGUGUCCAUUUGAGUUUUAUUUAUAUUAGAAACAUUUUGUUGGUUUAAUAUUAUACAUUUGUCUUUACAUAUAGUUUCAUUAUAAGAAAUUAAACUUGAGAUAUUUCUUUUUUUACCUGAAAAGAAGAAUUAGAAUAAAAUUACUUUUUGUUUCCUAUGCUUGUACAGACAUACAUAGCAGUUGGCUUUAUUAGCAUGUAAUAAAAACUGUUUAAUGGGAAAGAAAUUUUUUGUGAUUUUUAUAUAGUAUGAACAAUGACAGCUGUUACACAAAGAUGCAUAUUUGUACA